UAGCUUCCUGACUUCGUAAUGUUUUGAUCUUCAUAAAUACCACGCAUAAUGGACGAUCUAUUCGGAGUGUUCGAGGAGAGCUCACAGCAAAGUGCGCCCGCCAAAAAACCUAAGAAGUCGAAGAAGGAGAAGCUCGACAAGAGCAAGAAGAGAAACGCAAAUGGCGAAGUCAAGAAAGCCUUGGACGACCAAGAUGGCGAUGCGGACAUGGUAGAUGCGGAUAUACAGGACGAGGAAGAUAAUGCGCUUGUCGAGAAAAAGGAUACGAAAAGGAGGCGCCGAGAAGAAGAAGCAGAACCAGUCGUCACAGAUUCCUUCCAGACCGAGCAGUCCAGAGAAGUUGUAGCUGCGGCAGGACUACAAGCCAAAGACGAUGGUGCAUUGGUUCUUCAACAUAACAUUCAGCAUCAAGUUUCCCUGCCUCCAAACUACAACUACGUCCCGAUCUCACAACAUGUACCACCUGCGGUUCCGGCUCGCAAGUGGCCCUUCGAGUUGGAUCCCUUCCAGAAAGUAGCUAUCGCCUCGAUUGAACGGUCAGAGAGUGUACUGGUGUCGGCGCAUACGAGUGCUGGAAAGACUGUGGUUGCAGAAUACGCUAUCGCCCAAUGCUUGAAGAACAACCAGAGGGUCAUCUAUACCAGUCCCAUCAAAGCAUUGAGCAACCAGAAAUAUCGAGAAUUCACAGCAGAGUUCGGCGAUGUCGGUUUGAUGACUGGCGAUGUGACGAUCAAUCCCACAGCCACCUGUCUUGUUAUGACAACAGAAAUUCUACGAUCUAUGCUGUACCGUGGUUCAGAGAUCAUGCGAGAGGUUGCUUGGGUCAUCUUCGACGAGAUUCACUACAUGCGAGAUAAGACAAGAGGUGUGGUCUGGGAAGAGACGAUCAUUCUAUUGCCGGACAAAGUCAGAUACGUCUUUCUGUCAGCUACUAUCCCAAAUGCUAUGCAAUUCGCCGAGUGGAUCACCAAGACACACCAACAGCCGUGCCAUAUUGUCUAUACAGAUUUCAGACCGACGCCGCUUCAGCAUUAUUUCUUUCCCGCUGGAGCUGACGGUAUUCAUCUGAUUGUCGAUGAGAAGGGCAACUUCCGAGAGGAGAAUUUUCAGAAGGCCAUGGCUGCCAUUGAAGAAAAGAAAGGAGCAGAUCCAGCAGAUAUCAAUGCUAAGCGAAAAGGUCACGGCAAGGACAAAAAGACAAACAAGGGAGCUCCCAAUGAGAAUAACGACAUCUACAAAAUUGUCCGCAUGAUCAUGGUUAAGCACUACAAUCCUGUCAUCGUUUUCAGUUUCAGCAAAAGAGAAUGCGAGGCAUAUGCGUUACAGAUGUCUUCGAUGGCUUUCAACGACGAAUCAGAGAAGGCAAUGGUCACCAAGGUUUUCGAAAGUGCCAUCGAGUCCCUCUCAGAUGAGGACAAGACCCUCCCACAAAUUCAACACAUCUUGCCGCUCCUUCGCCGCGGAAUUGGAGUUCAUCAUUCUGGGCUGCUACCAAUUUUGAAGGAGACAAUUGAGAUCCUGUUCCAAGAGAACUUGAUCAAAGUACUCUUUGCUACGGAAACUUUCUCCAUUGGCUUGAAUAUGCCAGCAAAGACUGUAGUUUUCACGAGCGUUGAGAAGUUCGAUGGUACCAAAACCCGAUACUUGACUCCGUCAGAAUUCGUACAAAUGUCUGGACGUGCUGGUCGAAGAGGUCUUGAUGAUAGAGGCAUUGUUAUCAUGAUGAUCAACGGCAAAAUGGAGCCUCAAACCGCCAAGGAGAUUGUUCGAGGAGAGCAAGACAAGCUUAAUUCCGCGUUCUACCUUGGGUAUAACAUGAUCCUCAACCUGAUGCGAGUGGAUGGCAUCUCUCCCGAGUUUAUGCUAGAGCAUUGCUUCUAUCAAUUCCAAAACACCUCGAGCGUGUCGGGAUUGGAGAAGGAACUUCAACAACUUCAGACACAACGAGACAGCAUUGUCAUUCCUGAUGAAGCUACUAUGAAGGAGUACUAUGAACUACGAGAGCAGAUUGCAUCUUACACCAAGAAUAUGCGCGAUGUCAUCAAUCAUCCCAAUUACUGCUUGCAAUUCAUGCAACCCGGACGUGUUGUUCAUAUCAAGUAUCGGGACGUGGAUUUUGGCUGGGGAGCUGUCGUCAAGUUUGCUCCUGUUCGCCCUGGUCAAGGAGGAGAAGAGAUCUUGCCCCAAGAGUCAUAUGUUCUUGACAUCUUGCUACCGGUAUCAGACGGUUCAUCGGUCGGAGUGCAUAGCCAAAAUGGUAUACCUCCUGGAAUUAGACCACCUGCUAAAGGUGAAAAAGGAAGGAUGGAAGUCGUACCAGUUCUCUUGUCAUGCGUAGAGGCGAUCGGCCAUGUUCGGAUAUUCUUGCCGCAAGAUCUUCAUCCGGCAGACCAAAGAACCAACGUCCGGAAAUCCCUCGACGAAGUUAAGCGUCGAUUCCCUGAUGGCAUUGCGAUCCUUGAUCCUAUCGAAAACAUGGGCAUCACAGAUGAGUCUUUCAAGAGGCUCCUUCGUAAGAUCGAAGUCCUUGAGUCAAAAUUGCUUUCUAAUCCUCUGCACGGUUCGCCACGCUUACCGGACUUGUACGAUCAAUAUGCAGAGAAGAUUGACAUUGGUCGCAAGAUCAAGGAGAAGAAGAAGGCUGUUACUGCCGCCUUGAGCAUUAUGCAGCUCGAUGAGCUUAAGUCUCGCAAGCGUGUAUUGCGACGUCUUGGAUUUAUCAACGACCAAGAAGUUGUAGAGUUGAAGGCCCGUGUUGCGUGCGAGAUAUCUUCGACAGGUGAUGGCCACGAGCUUCUUCUGUCUGAGCUUCUCUUCAAUCGCUUCUUCAAUGAGCUCAGCCCUGAAGUGUGUGCAGCAGUACUCUCGUGCUUCAUCUUCGAGGAGAAGAGUCAAGCUCCCGAGCCCUUGAAGGAAGAAUUGUCGAAGCAUUUCCGAGAGAUUCAGGCUCAAGCUAGGGUUAUCGCGAAGGUUAGCCAGGAGAGCAAGAUUGAACUCAACGAGAAGGAAUAUGUCGACAGCUUCAAGUGGGAGCUCAUGGACGUUGUCUUGGCUUGGGCACAGGGUAAAUCUUUCGCUGAAAUCUGUAAGAUGACAGAUGUCUACGAAGGAUCUCUUAUUCGCCUUUUCCGUCGACUUGAAGAACUGCUUCGACAGAUGGCACAGGCUGGCAAGGUCAUGGGCUCCGACGAGCUAGCAGGGAAAUUCGAAGAAUCUCUUGCCAAGAUCAGGAGGGAUAUCGUCGCGGCUCAGAGUUUGUACUUGUAAGUCGAGGAUAUACUCCCUCUCUUGAGUUACUUAUUAGGAUCUGCCGGCUCAAACGUCGGGGGAUAUCAAUGCAUGGUAUGUGGUUUGUUUCUGUGGGAAAGGAGUUGGGCAUACCUUUGGCUUAUGUAAAAGGCUCUCUAAGAUAGGCUGGCGUUGAAGUUUGUUUUUUUCCUGGACAAUCGGCCCUCUUUUAGAAUGGUCUCCCUGGUCUCCCUCCUGAUAGUAUUACAUGUCUACCUAUAGUUUCUCCCUAUUAGAUCAAGGAUAGUGCCUCGAGGUAAUGAGAUUGGGUUGCGGCUACUGCUAGAUCCGAU